AGCUUCAGGCUCAGGAUAGUCACGGUAGGCCUUCCCCCCUGGGGGAGCUUCCUGCAACGUGAUGUAUGGGGAGGAUGAGCGACUCAGAGCUCUGGAAGAAAGCGCGGGCCUUGCGCCCAGCGCCAGCCCGCGCCGUGUUCCGUGGCGACUGGUGACGGCGGUGUCGGCAGUGGCAGGUGCUUUGGUGCUGAUCGCCACGCUGAGCAGACCGUCGCUUCCGGCGCCAGCGGGCUCCAUCACACCGGUCAUCAGCCUGGUAGAGAUUCUGCCGAAAGGCUACGAGAAAUGCUACAAGAACAAGACGUACUUCGUGGAGCAGUCGGGGCACUUUUCUCUUCAUGCCGCCGAAGAGACUCGUGUCAGUAGCGCCUUGGAGUGCCAGAUGCAGUGCGCCGAGACCUACCUAUGCGAGCACUUCUCCUUUUGGUCCAGUGGCGGGUGCUUGCUGACCAGCUACUCUGCCUAUCCCAGGAUGCUCGACGGGCCUCCGGGCGUGGCGGUUGUCUCGGGCCCCCGGGAGUGCAAGGCACCAGUGCCAGAGUACUCCAAGAAGCUGGCGCCGGGCGCGAACGUGCCGCCCUUUACGGCCAAGGAGGCUCCCGGCUGCGGGGGUCUCCACGAGGUCUACGAGAAGGUGUGGACAGCCGAGGGCGAGACCUUCUUUGACGAUUGGCAGUUCAUUGAGAAGAGCAUGACCCGUGGUGCGGAAUGGUAUCUCAACAGAUCAGAGGCACAGCGGCAAGCCGUGGCGCAUGCGAGCUCUGCGGGGGCCAUCAUCCGCGUGGGGGAGCAGGUGCAUCCCUUCAAGCGUCGUUCCUUGAUGCUGCACUCGCCACAGGCGUGGCGCCCGGAUGUGGGCUUUAUCGUGGCUUUGAAGUACAAGCACGUGCCUUAUGGCCCUGGGGUGUGGCCUGCCUUCUGGCUGCUGAACAGCGACCGGCCUUGGCCCAACGGUGGGGAGCUGGACGUACUGGAGUUCGCCAAUGACCAAACGGCCAAAGUCACGUUCCACACGGAUCAGAACUGCAGUCUGAAUGUCCCGAAGAUGCUGGACUGCGUCAAGGAGAUGUCGGACAUCACCGACGAGAUGAUCCCCAGCUGCCUCACCAACUACAGCGGCAACGCCUUGGGCUGCCUCCCUCCCCAGGUGAGGAAAGAUGGCGAGUGGUAUAGCAAGAACCCUGGGGUGCUGGUGACUGUGUGGGACGCCAGCGGCAUCACCACCUUUCACAUCCCCGAGGCGGAGAUCCCAGCGGAUCUCCAGAACGAUGCGCCCACGCCGAACAAGUGGCCUGCGAAGUGGCGCAUGGCCUUCAUGCCAUUCGACCCAGACAGCUGCGUGGACAUUGCACACCCGCAAGAGAUCGUGAUCAACAUCGCACUCUGCGGCGAUUGGGCAGGCAACGCGUGGUGGACCUGCAAGUCCUGCCGGAAAACAGGCUUCAUUCCGAACUACUGCAUCCCCGGGCAUGUCACUGAGCCGGCGACGGACUGCUGCACCAUCUACAUGUCCAACCCUUCUGCCGAGGAGCCGCUUGCGACACAGGCGUAUUUCGACAUCGAUUACGUCAAGGUCUAUGAGCCGAAGGGUGCCAACAUGCCAAAGUACGCGGCAGGAACCUACAGGAACGGAGGCGUCGGGGUUGGCGACUAGUGACCGCGCUGCGCGUCUCGACCGGACAUCCGGCUGCCGGCAUGGAGCGAGACCUUAGCUUCCGUUGCCACUUGAGCCGAUGCGAUCAGCUUC